AUGUCCUCACCAAAAGUCCUUAUUCAAAUCCUCAUAACUGGGUCGCGGAUUCUGGGGAAGGCAUUCUACGAGGCGGGGAGACAGGCCGCAAAAAAUGCAAAGCACAGACCACAGGCUGCCGGUGGCUCGGAUAUCGCAGGCGUGGGGAAUGCUACGACUGGUUCACUAACAGAUAAAUUGACCCGUGAACACCGAAUGACGCUCGACGAGGCUCAUCUCAUUUUGAACACGAAGCGUACGGAGAAGCUGGAGGAUGUGCUCCGGAAUUACGAACACCUCUUCAAAGCUAAUUCUCCACCCACCGCUCCUCCAAAACCACCACCAGGCCAGAAAGCAGUACCCCCCACAGCCCACUCACAUUACGUCCAAUCAAAAGUAGUCCGUGCGCGCGAACGUAUCGAGGCCGAGUUGAAGAUUGCGGAAGAGGAGCCGCCUACACCACCUCCUGCCGGUGGGCCCGGAGCUGCAGGCACGAGUGCUAGUGCUGCCGGUCAGACGGCAGCGGGACCAGGGGCAGGGACUGGAGCAAGUUAG